UGUGUGACUGUGUAAAGGGCUGUUCUAAGACUCAACACAUUACAGGGAUGAUAAUUUGUGGUUAAAACGGCUCAAGGCCUGCAUUCUAGGUAGGGUCCAUUUUGUAUCUGAAAUUUGGCUAAGAUGAAUAACAAAGAUAAACUACUUUUGGAUACGCAGCCCCAGGUGCUUUUCAUGUAUGAACUGCAGGGCUUGCUGUCCAGAUGGUUACUUCAGAGUUUCUCAAUGAAAAAUACUUAAAAAAAUAUUUUACUGUGGUAGAACUGUCACUUCAUGGACAUCUGUCUGUAUUUAAAAGGUUUUUGAUAGCUACAUAUCAUUUCAGUGAAAAUGGCAGACAGAAGCAAGGCGCUACAAAGGAUGGGCAGCAUCAUUUGGUUAUCCCUUACCCAAAGGUUCAGUCUGGGGAGUAUUCCAUUUGUGAGGUUGAACUGUCUUCAUGUAUCUGUACUGCAGUAGCUGCUGAUGGAUAUACUGGGACAGGUGAAUGCCUCAACAUUGAAAUCUUUCCUUUAUACAGAAGAGAAAGUUCUAUCAAAUUAAUUAAACACGAGCCAGAUUUUUUGCACCUCCGUAACUAAAAUGGCAAGUAAAAGGAAAUCAACAACCCCUUGCAUGGUUCUUGCUAAUGAACAAGAUCUAGAAAUGAUCUCUGGUCUUGUGAAGGUUCCUUUGUCAGAAGUGCAUUCUGAAAACUUGACGGCAGAGAGUCCCACACUUGAAGAAAGUGAAGCACAGCACAGUUCCAGUGGUCAAAAUGUAAUAAUAACAAAGCUCGAAGGUGGCUAUGAUUGUAAAUAUUGUCUCUUUCAAACACCUGACUUGAAUGCAUAUACAUUUCAUGUUGGUUCUAAACAUCCUGAUGUUGUUUUUAAUUCAUCUUACUUCUGUGCUGAAUGUAAUUUUUUUACCAAAACUUUUGAUACUCUUUUAGAACAUAAUUUAAAGUAUCAUUCUGGAGAAGAGAAUUUUAAACUUGGUAUACUUAAACGCGAUAAUGAAACUGUUUUUAAACAGAUGACUAAUAGUAUGACAUUAAAUGAUGAUUUUGUUCAAGAUGACAAAGGGGUAGAGCAUGAGAAUGGCGGAGUAGCGACAGCAACAGUGACAUCAACAUCAGCCACAGGUAUUUCAAUUACCAAAACUCCAAUCAUGAAGAUGAAGAAUAAAACUGAGGCUAAAAGAAUUACUGUGACGCACAGUUCAUCGGAAGAUGUUGAACAGAGUGAAAAUGGAAAUGAGCAGUCCAAUCCUAAGGAAAUAGUAGCCGAUGAACAUCCAAAAGCAGCAGAGCCUGUUACCAAAAGUAUAAUUGCUUCCCCUCCUGUAGAUAAUAAAACAACCAUCAUUGGGCCAGCAACGGUAAUCCAGCCAGGACUUUCCCAAGUUAUUUCUGCUGUACAAACUCGGCCAAACCAAAGUAAUCUUCAGAAAGUGUUAGUACCAGUCACAAGCAUUCCAUCUUACAACUCUGAUAUGGACAACAAUGCUAUGCUUCUUAACAUGUAUAACAAAUUCCCAUAUCCAACGGCAUCAGAAAUUAAAAAACUUUCUACUCAGAAUAAAUACACAGAAGGGCAAGUAAAAAUUUGGUUCUGUGCACAACGUUUGAAGCAUGGUAUUAGCUGGACCCCUGAGGAGGUAGAAGAUGCAAGGAGAAAACAGUUCAGUGGUUCUGUACAUACAGUAUCUAAGACAAUUGCUGUAAUUCCAACACAAAUUUCUGCAACUACCAAUGGUUUACAGCCAGUUUUGCAGACCUGUCAUAUUGUUGGGCAACCAGGUCUGGUACUGACACAGGUUGCUAGUCCCAAUACUGUACCUGUUUCGGCACCAGUUGCUUUGACAGUAGCAGGGCUUCCUAGCCAGCCGCAGAUGCCAAAGGGAAGUAUUCAGACAAGUAAAACAAUCCAAGCACCUGUAGAAACAAAAUGUGUAGUAACCGUUCCAGAUCCUAAAUCCCUUCCGCAGGAAAACUGUAUGAAUAUGGAGGGUUCUAACAUUCGUACCAAGAAAACUAAAGAACAGUUGAUAGAACUGAAAAGAAGUUUCCAUCAAAAUCCAUUUCCUCAAGAGGAAGAGAUUGCAAGACUUAUGAAAACAACAGGACUCUUUAGAGCAGAGAUAAAAAAAUUUUUUAGUGAUACAAGAUAUAGUCAAAAGAAUACAAAGGUUAUUUGGGACAGUACUGUGAACAGUGAUACUAAUACUGCUGUAGUUAUUGACUCUGGUGAUGAAGUGUCAGAAUCACCUUUGACUGACUCUCAGCUUCAUAGGCAGUCAUUUGCAUUUGAUAGCUUUCCUGCAUUUUCUCAAAAGCUUAAAGAGAAAACUCCUGAACAGCUCCAGGUACUGGAAGAGAGUUUUUUGAAGUCUCCUGGCCCAGCAGAUGAAGAAUUAGACACAUUACAGACAGAAACAAAACAUACAAAAAGAGAAAUUGAUUGCUGGUUUUCAGAAAAGAGGAAUACAAACAAUUUGAAAGAACAGGAACAUGAAGGCCAAGAUAGUGAUGUAGGGAACAAAAAGCUUGAAGAUGUGCUACCCACAGAUGAAAAUGCACCUUCUAAACUGAAGCGGCCUGCGAAAGGAAAGGGUGGUAAAAAGACAAAAGAGCAGUUGCAAAUUCUUAAAAGUGUAUUUGUUCAUACACAGUGGCCAUCAGCUGAAGAAUAUGAUCAGUUAGCAGAAAAAACUGGCUUACCUAGAACUGACAUAGUAGGUUGGUUUGGAGAUACUAGGUACGUUUGGAAGAAUGGUGGCUUGAAAUGGUAUUAUAAAUACCACGGUGGAAAUAUUCAUGAUCCAAGUGGACAAACUGCCAGCAGGAAAAGGGAACAAGGAAGAACAAAAGGGAAGGGAAGGCAGAAACAAAGAGGAAAAUCCACAGGAAGCAAAAGGUCAAACAGUUGGGAUAGGGGAACACCCAUUAUUAAAAUAAAAACUGGAAAAACAAUACUUAAGGAUUAUUUCUUAAAGUACAGAUUCCUAAAUGAGCAAGACCUGGAUGACCUUGUUGCCAGAUCUCACAUGAGUUAUGAACAAGUAAGGGAGUGGUUUGCAGAAAGGCAGAGUAGAGAAGUACUGGGUUUGGAGCUAUUUGAUGAUAAUGAUGAUGAAGAUGAGGAAGAGUUUUGUGAAGGUUUAGAGGAUGAUGACUUUGAUGAUGAUGAUGAUGAUGAUGAGAAUGAAGAUGAAGAAAAUGAUUCUGAUGAAAGUGAUAUUUGGGAACCUCCUAGUGCAAGGCGAAGAAUUUCUAAGUCAGACGACUAAACAUACACAAGAUGCUGGAUUUCAUGGUGAUGCCAGAAAGACAUGGGAUAACUGCAUUUAAAAUGCCUUGUUGACUAGAGAAUCAUAGAAAUCAAUCAUGAAGUGACAUCUUCAUUUGUAGUACAUUUUAUGAACAACACAAAAGGCACUGUGCCAAAGGUACUUGCACAAUAUCGUAGGAGAGUCUUUACUUUUAACAGAAGACUUAAGUGCACAUCUUCAUUUCAUUUUAAUAAAAGUUAUGGAACAUUGUGGUUCA